CCAAGAAAUGCACCGACUCAAAAAAGCUCUUUGCGAUCACUGCAACCAAACUCCAACCAAAGUUGACUUGCUUGUUGCUAAUAAGAGGCCCGACCUUAAGUUAGGAUGGCGAGGAUGGUUAUGUAAACCGGGGCCGGCCUGCUUCGCACCGCUAUCUCCCUAUCGUGGUGAGUCGAGACUCCCUUGCUCUCCAGUCGCCCCCAUUACGCAUUGCAAGAGACAUCUCGCCUCCCCAAACCAGUUGCUUAUGCUCGUUUGCCCUUCGUUUCUUUUUCGCCUGCCUUGCGAUAACGUUAUGAAUUGUCGCUCGCUUUUCUUCGCUGGCAUAAAGUGUCCAGCUCAUAUCCCUAAACUGAGGACCGUAACUAAAAGCCAAGCUACGAGACGCCGAGAUGGGAGGCAGUAGCCAUGCUGUCGGCGCAGUGUCAGCCUCGACAGUACACGCGACCAGUGCGGAGGAUGGAUCCGGGCAUCAACCCGGCUGAGCGAUUCCGGGAUGGAGAAGAGGAAACGGCACACAGAGAGACCAUGGUGUCAGCCGAGGCUCCCGUUCCUCACUGGCCUCUCGGAUCUGUGUGGUAAUGCGGCUCACUACACGUACCUAACUAAACGACAUAUUUUUAGGAUUGAGGUAAGCUGAUAGCAAUUAUCUCUCUUUCCAGCACUGUUGCGCGAAGGCUUCAGAUACCGCAGGCGGCUUGUGUUUAUUGUCUCCGAACCACAUUUGCUCUUUGAUAGCACUUUGAUUCACAUCCGCCUGUUUUAUGACAGUUCUCAUCCUCUGGUAGGUCUGUUGCGCCCGACUUCCCCUGGCGGUGAUUGGGCGUUGAUUCUUUAUGGCGUUCAUCUUUGUAUUUUGUCGAGCCAAUUGAUGUUCUGGCAUGAAACCCCUUGUUUCCUCAAGCCCCAGACAGUUCCUCGGGCGCUCUUAUUGUUGGAAGCAAGGGCCGUCACCGCUACGCGAUGCGGAAGCGCGAAGCUGGCGGGACGACGCGGCCUUCUCUCCAGGCCAAUGUUACUCAUCCAGACGUAGCCAGUUGUUCAACAUGUGUAUACAUCUCGCAUUCCGCUACCAGCAUG